CAGUCACGGAUUGAGAUUAUGGAAGAACCCACCUCAAAUGAUAGAACCUCAACUGCUUCUGUUGGUUUUGGGCCCUCUUGCUCUGAAGUCUGAAGAAGCAAGAAAUUAAAUUAGAGUAGCAAAUACCUGUUCCUUUGCUGUCUUCCUUUGGACAGCUGAAACGACGUUGCUGAAGGGUGUCUGAAAGAUGGCUAGCCGGGGCAGCAGAGCGGAGAAAGUAAAGAGAAUCUUCCAGCAAUUCGACGCGAACAAUGACGGAGGUCUCAACAGAGAAGAAAUGGCGGCUCUCGUUGUCGCCGUCAACCCUAGAGUUAAGUUCAGCGACGAGCAGAUCAAUGCCAUCCUUGACGAGGUCUUUCGUACCUAUGCUGAGUUCAUCGACGGAGUAAAGGGUCUCACCUAUGAGGGCCUUGUCCGUACCUACGACGACGGUGCUGGCGAUGUCGAUCGAGAUUUCGAUGCCCUCGGCCUUGAGUUCAAUUCCGACUCCGCCAAAGCCAUUGAAAUGGUUUCCGAAGCCUCUUCGUCUUCGAUUGCCGAUGAGAGGGUGGUGGAUCCUCACAAGAGGCAGAGGACCGCUGCCUGGGCGGCUUCACCGAACCAUGGGAUAAUCUUCGACGAUACGUGGAAACUCGUUGAUGAUUUGGAGAUUCUGGUGAAGAGGUUGAAAGCGAAGCAGGCCAAGGAUGGAGCGAUGAAGGGGGAUAACUUUGAUGUCUUCUCCGACCCCGGCUGGUCUAGGGAAUUGGGACCUUCUUCGGAGCUCUCGGAGAAAAGGGUCUUCUGGGACGAAUCCAGCCACGACUACGCCGCGUUCGUGAAGGAAUUGGGGGUCCUUAGAAGCAGAGCAGACGGCGCCAGGUCCAGAGAAGAAGCUUUCGAUGGGCACAUGGCGAUUGGUCGGGUUCUGUACGAGCACCAAUUGUUUAAGGAAGCUUUGGUCAGCUUCAAGCGGGCUUGCGAGCUUCAGCCCACCGAUGUUAGGCCGCAUUUCAGGGCCGGAAACUGUUUGUACAUUCUCGGGAGACACGCUGAGGCCAAAGAGGAGUUCCUCUUGGCUCUUGAGGCUGCCGAGACCGGUGGGAACCAGUGGUCUUACCUUCUUCCCCAAAUCCAUGUUAAUCUUGGGAUUUCGCUCGAGGGUGAAGGUAUGGUUUUAAGUGCUUGUGAGCAUUACAGGGAAGCUGCAAUCCUUUGUCCGACCCAUUUUAGGGCUUUGAAGCUUCUUGGCAGUGCUCUUUAUGGAGUGGGAGAGUAUAGAGCGGCGGAGAAGGCACUGGAAGAGGCUAUUUUCUUGAAACCGGACUAUGCAGAUGCACAUUGCGAUCUGGGUUCCGCUUUGCAUGCUAUGGGGGAGGACGAGAGGGCAAUUCAGGAGUUUCAGAAGGCCAUAGAUUUGAAGCCUGGGCAUGUCGAUGCUUUAUACAAUUUGGGUGGGCUUUAUGUGGAUAUGGGCAGGUAUCAGAGAGCCUCAGAGAUGUAUACCAGGGUUCUGGCUGUCUGGCCAAACCAUUGGAAGGCGCAGCUUAACAAGGCUAUAUCUUUGUUGGGAGCCAAUGAGGCUGACGAAUCCAGGAAAGCACUAAAAGAAGCUUUCAAGAUGACAAAAAGGGUUGAAUUACAUGACACUAUUGUUCAUUUGAAGCAACUGCAGAGGAAGAAGCCCGGUGGUAAUGGAGGCACUGAAGGGGAGGGCGCAUCCAUUGUGGUGGAGCAGUCGAAGUUUAAGAAGGUGGGUAGGAGGACUAUUUUGAGGCAGGACUUGGCCAAUGCCCUUGAAAUCAGGGCUUUCCAGAGGCUCACCAGGUUGAAUCGAUGUGAUGUUGAUCUUCUGAAGAAGGAAAUGUCAGAAACAGAAGUUCCGGUGUCCUAUUCUGGCAGUGGUGUUCCUGAGAAAUCCAUCCGCAAGGCUACCUUGGAGGAAACUCUCCGUAAAUUGCUUAAUUUCUUGAAGCCCGAGACCUUCCAAGGAACUGUCAAAGUCAUCAAUGAGAGGAUUCUUACUGUCUUGGAUGUUUCGGGCUCUGGUAGGGUGGAUUUGGGUAUGUUCUAUGCUGUUCUUGCCCCCAUAUGUAGUGGCCCGGCUGAAAGACGCAAAAGGGUUGUCUUUGAUGCACUUCUUUGGCGACCUGUGAAUGAAGGUGGAGUCUAUAUCAAGAAAGAAGAUGCCAUUAAGUGCAUCAAAUUGUUGAGAGCUAUCUAUAUUCCUUCCCAUGGCGUCAGUGAAAUGCUGGAAGUCCAUGGAGAACCUGAUGUUUCACCAGUCUCCUUUUCAGAGUUCCUUGAGAUGUUUAAUGAUAGGGAUUGGGGUUUUGGAAUCAUGUCCACUCUAUUGAAACUCGAGACUGGGGACAGAACACGCCAUGGUCGCUAUGCUUGCUCUGUCUGCUGCUAUCCUAUCAUAGGGUCUCGUUUUAAGGAGAUUAAACUGCAUUUCAGUUUAUGUAGCCGAUGCUAUUGUGAAGGGAAGGUACCUUCUGCCUUCAAGCAGGAAGAGUAUAGAUUCAAGGAAUAUGGGAGCGAGGCUGAAGCCAUGAAAGAUAAGUGCAUGUUCUUCAGUUUUCAUUCUAAAAGCUCAUCUGAAAAUGAUCCAUAACUAGGUUGUAAUAACUGUUUGAAGUAAGUAUAAUAUUUUACAAAUGGUGCUAAUUAUGCAGCGUGACAUAGAUCAGAGAUGUGUUUAAUCAGUUUCUUAUGUCCUUGUAUAAUAAAUGCCCUUGGAUUGGGAGGCUCAGAAUCUUUACCUGGUAGCUUGUGAAGUUAUUCCUUUUCUUGUUCCUCCAUACUUGUGAUUUUGAGUAGAUGAAAUCAUAGAUGUGUAUAGUUUGUUCCGUAAUUUUC